AUGUCGUCUGGAGCGGGUGAGACAAAGUAUGGUGCAGGCAUGAGCAGGAGCCCACUCCAGCCUCAGCUACAACCCAUCGUUGGCGCCCGCCUGACCGCUGGCCACCAAGGUGGAGCUUCCUACUCCGCACCACGCCUGUCGGAGCCCGCGGCCGGCACUGCGCACGUGCACGCCAUGGGUGUGAGCUCUAAGCCACCCAUGAGGAAGCAUGGCCGCCCGCGAAAGAACACCCCGGAUGGCACCCUGCCGCCAACUAUCUUUCCGGCGCCAUAUCCUACUGGCGCCGCUGCUUUGCUGGCACCUACUCUGCCCUCGAGCUCCACGUUGGGAUUGCGCCUAGGCGUUGGGAGCCCCCAUGCGCUACCAGCACUGCCAUCACCGCUACCACCACUACCACCACCACCACCACCACCACCUGUAGAGCAUGGAACACAUCAAGUUAAGCAGACGAGGGUAUGGCCGCCGAGCUCCAUGGCCAGCAAGAAGCAGCGACAGAUGGCAGUAGCAGGGCCUGCUGCGACCGGAUUAAUUCCUAAGGUUAUCACAGUCCAAGGUGGAGAGGAUGUAACAACAAAAGUCCUCUCCUAUUGUGGGAAUGGGUUGGCAGUUCAUAUCUUCUGUGCCAAUGGUGUUGUGCGCAAUGUGACACUGCGGCAGGCAAAUUCUCCUCAUGAAAGAGUCGUUUAUCAGGUGGUCAUUGGAACGUUUCUAGCCGACUAG